AUGCAUUUGAUAAUAACACUAAUGUAUGUUGUUCUUCUAUGUGGUAACGAUGUCGAAUCGACCUUGUUCAAAACUAAUUUUCGAUUUUUUGUUAAAAGUGUUGCACAUGUUUAUCAUUCAAAUUGGCGUGCAGAUUUUCUUGCAACAAAACCACAUGUUAAAAAUCGUUUUAAAUUAACAACUGCAGUUCGACAUUAUAAUUCAUCUGAUUUUAUAUAUCCAAUGAUUCUUACUGUUGGUUCAUGUCUCGUUCAUCGAAAUCUUAAAGUAGCUCGUGAUCGAUAUAACUCAUCGCUUAUUUAUGUUGAUAUAUUAAAUAUGCAAUAUGAUGAACUACCACCAGAUCGAGCACGUGAUAAUCGUAUAACAGCACGAAUUGCUUGUAAACAUAUAUUACAAGGUGUUCGUCGAAAACGUUUAUUAAAUCAAUAUUUUAUAGAAGAAGUAUCAGAGAUAAUACAUAUCGAAUGGAUGAAACGUAAUCUAAAUCAUCCACAAAAAGAAUUAAUGGUACCUUAUGAUAAUUUAUCUCAUAUAGAAAAAAGUAAAGAUCGAAAAGCUGUAUUAAUUGCUUGUCGUUUAUAUAAUGAACUUUAUUUAUAUUAUUGGUUCAAUACAACUCCGAUUUAUUUUACUGGACGUAUUAUUUAUUAG